AUGUUAGCUUAUCAUUUGCUGAAUGAAGGAAUUUAUAGCGGUAAAUCGUUUUUGGAUCUGUUCGCGAUACUGUGGUUUAUCAUUGGAAACUACUUUCUGUUUACGUCCGAAACUUGUCCACGUGAUGCUCCAAUGUUAUUCUAUACGACUCUUGUUUGGACAUCCAUGAGCUAUCUGCUCAUCUUCAUCCCUCUUCUUCUUUGCGCCGCUGUGAUUUUCUGCUUGCCUUGCGUUCUCGUGGCCAUGCGUGCGAUGCAUAUUGAUGUCGCCACGGGAAUGGUGGGAGCUACCAAAGACGAGAUCGAUAAAGUGCCUGUUUAUCGCUACAAGUCCGCUGCAUCCUCCGAUACGCCUCCGGAUCCAGCUGUGGCAGAGACCAUGACGAAAAAAAAGACGGGGUUGAUGCACCGAUUUUUGCAACGACACCAGUUCAAGAAUGACCAGGAAUCGCAACGACAGCAAUCCUUCGAGGAACUAACGGGUAUACCGGCUGAUGAUGCUGUUUGUUCAAUCUGUUUGUCGGAGUAUGAAAACGGCCAUCUCGUGUGUAAAUUAUGGUAA